CUUGUAAACAAGGAAGCGGCGCGAUAUCAGGUGGUUAUCAAAUACGCUUGAUUGUGCAAACUUACGUGAGAAACCUUAUCGACGUCUGUGUGGGAAAUUUGAAAUAAUGGGGUGUUGUGGAAAUAAAGAUGACGAAGGGGAACCCACAGACGAAGAGAUUGAAAUGGUGGAUUCAAAGGAAUACGGUACUCCCCAUCAAUAUGACCCCACCUUCAAGGGCCCAAUCCACAACAGGUCGUGUACAGACAUCAUCUGCUGCAUCCUCUUCAUCAUCUUCAUCAUCGGCAGCGUCGCCGUCUCCAUACUGGGCUAUUCUCGCGGAGACCCUUAUCGACUUAUCCACCCUACGGACUCAAGUGGAAAAAUAUGCGGCAUUGGAGAACUCAAGGACAAACCGUAUUUGUUCUUCUUCGACUUGCUCCAGUGUGCCAGGAUGGGCCCCAACAUCAUCAAUGGCUGCCCAACACCACAGGUGUGUGUUGAGCAGUGCCCCAAUUCCAGCUACGUGUUCCUCCAGACUGUGGCCAAGGAGAAGUUUCUAGGAGGCAUUGACAAGACGGCGAGGGCCAAGAUGAUCUGCAAAUACAAUGUCAAUGCUACUGACGGGGGUGACGUGACGGAGCUGGUGAAAAAAGAGGAUUGUGCCGCCUACUACGUACCUUCAUCGCCAGUUGUUGGACGUUGUGUGCCGAGUAUUUUCAAAGACAUUCUGGACGACAUGGGUUCUAAAUUGAACACAAGUGAUGGAAUGGUCCUUGUCAAUGCAUUGAAUGAGAGUAUCACUGGAAAUAUGCUGAAUAAUGGAACAAGGUUUCUGGCGGAAUUCUACAAGUUCAAGGAAUAUGGAGAGCUCAUAUUUAGGGAUGUGUCAUCUUCAUGGUAUUUCAUUUUGAUAGGCCUGUUUAUUGCCAUGCUGAUAUCCCUUUUGUGGAUCAUCCUGAUGAGGUGGCUGGUUGGAGUCAUGGUCUGGUUGACCCUGGUCCUCUUUGUCGGACUCUUCAGCUUCGGCACUUACUACUGCUACUCCCAGUACUACAAGUUGAAGGGCAUGAACACGGAGAAAGAGUUCGGCUUGUCCCACGCCUUCACAUUCAACUUCAGUUACUACCUCACCCUCUACCAGACCUGGCUGGCCUUCGGCUGCACAUCAGCAACUCUUCUGAUCAUCUUCGUGAUCGUCCUGCUCUUCCUCAUCCCCCGCAUCUGCAUCGCCAUCCAACUCAUCAAGGAGGGCAGCAGAGCUAUUGGGACGAUGUCCUACACGCUGUUAUGGCCGAUCAUCCCGUUCGUCCUGCAAGUGCUGGUGGUCAUCUACUGGGGAUCAACCGCCAUAUACUUAGCUUCAAUAGGUGACGCGGAGUACUAUACCAACACAACCACCAACGAAACGGUCAACACAGCCGUCACAUCCAAUGAGGUUGUCCAGUCAGUCGUGGAGAGAAUACCAUGUUCCCCAGGGGGUGGAGACACGGCAGCUAAGGUGUGCGAGUUCGUCAAGUACGGAGGCAGUAGAUACACAGUGUACCUCCAGUUCUACAUGCUCUUCAUGUUCUUCUGGAUGAUGAACUUUGUCAUCGCUCUGGGACAGAUGACCCUGGCUGGAGCGUUUGCAUCCUACUACUGGGCAUUUGACAAAUCCAAGGAUAUCCCUUCUGCCCCGCUGGCGUCCUCAUUCUACCGGGCGAUACGGUAUCAUCUCGGCACACUUGCGUUUGGCUCCGUCCUCAUCGCUAUCGUUCAGCUGAUCAGAUCAGUCCUGGAGUACCUGAGUCGGAAACUGAAGGGCUCGGAGAACAAGGUGGCAAGAUUCAUUGUCAAGUGUUUGAGCUGCUGCUUCUGGUGCCUGGAGAAGAUCCUCAAGUUCAUCAACAAGAAUGCCUACAUCAUGACUGCUAUCUAUGGAAGAAACUUCUGCUCAGCUGCUAAAGAUGGAUUUUUCUUGAUAAUGAGAAACAUUGUGAGGACCUUUGUGCUGGACAAGGUGGCUGAUUUCAUCAUGUUCAUAAGCAAACUGAUGGUCACCGGAGCUAUUGGAAUCGCUGCCUACUACUGGUUCAACAGCAAAAUCAACAUCCUUCCCAACUUCGUCCCCGACCUCAACUAUUCCCUCGUGCCUGUCGUGAUUCUACUGAUUGGAACCUUCCUGAUUGCGACCUCGUUCUUCAACGUGUUCAGCAUGGCUGUUGACACCCUGUUCCUGUGUUUUUUGGAGGACCUGGAGAGGAAUGAUGGCUCACCGGACAAACCCUACUUCAUGAGCACGGAUCUGAAGAAAAUCCUGAAGAAAUCCAACAAGAAACCCAAGUAGAAACCCGACAUUGUCGUACUGGAAGAGGACCUUGUCGUACUGGAAGAGGACGAUCUUGCUGGAGAACUGCCUUGUAGGAUCAGAAAUGCAAAAAUGCUUAUUUCUGAAUAAAUAAGACCGUUUCAUUUUGUUAAGAAAAUAGUCGCCAAAUAGCUCCCAAUAUGGUUAUGAUAGACUCUUGAUGAUGAUGAUGAUGAUGAUGAUGAUGAUGAUAGAGACAAUAGAGUACAUCAUACAUUACUGAUAACUGGUGAGAGAUAAAAAUGGACUCUGGUUCCUCUUGGCCUAAUCUAAAUAAGUUAGUUCUGACUGAAUAAUUAUUUUUUUCUUUGAUUGCUGUUCAUGAAGGGUAUUGGUUGUUAUAGGGAUUCAGCUGUUGGGUCAGAAUCCCGUAAUCACAUCAAUUACUGGCGCUAUAUGCUUGUGGGUCUCACCAAAGUGGUAAAUGUCUAAGACCUGCAUCACUUUGGACUUUUUCUCCCACAUCAUGCCGACAUGUGAUAUGUCCAAUCUACUCGAUCCUCCCACCCACAGGUAUCACGGACAGAACAGUCCAGACUGACCAGUGUCCAGGCACUGAGUGCCUGCAAUAGUUAGACAGUGAGUCAGUAGACAGGUGACUUGCAGCAAUAUUUAGACAGUGAAUGAGUAGACAGGUGACUUGCAGCAAUAUUUAGACAGUUAAUCAGAAGACAGGUUUCUUCAAGUGUCCUGCUAUGAGUACACAAUAGUCCAGUGUGUGACUUUGAUGGCAAUCUGGAUUGUGGUCAAAAGUGGUUAUUUUGCUCUUCAGGGAUAUGUAAUAAUGUACAUGUCUUUCAACGACACAAAAAUAUGAAUAUGUUAUAUUAUCACGUCUGAAUCUUUUUUCAAUUACCGUAAUUAUGAUUUGAUGUUUGGUAUAUUAAAAUAUAGUCAGGUGAGCUUCAGAGCUUCCUGGCUCUAACUUCUACAGGGGACAUUGUGCAGAGUUACUUCCCUUAGGCGUGCCAGGAACCUAUGAUUGUGGGUUCGAAUCUCAAAUUCACCCUGAUUGUUUCUUGGUCAGCACAUUACCCGUGUUCGUGGAUUUCACCUAACUGGUAAACAUCCAAGACCAUUUCGGACUUUUUUUCCUACAAGCUGACACACUGUGGAAGACUGGAAUACUGUUCAAAGCAGUGUUAAUACAAAUUCACUCACUCACUCACUCACUCACUCACUCACUCACUCACUCACCAACCAAUGUGUGUUCAGCCAUUGAUGGAUAAAUGAUCCGUGCAACUAGUCAGCAUUAAUAAUGUCUGUAAGAAAAUGUUGUAAUGUCACCUUAAUUGUAAUAAUUUGGCAUGAAAUUAACUAAUGACCAACCAUGUUUUGAUGUUUAAUUAGUUGAAUGCAUGUGUCCAUAUGAUUCACAAAUCUCAUCCAUCUGCCUACAGAGAUUGUGAUUAAUAGCAAUAGUUAUGAUAUGCUCCUCUUAUAAGUUAAAAACCGUCUCAAUUAAUGUAAAUUCUCACACACAUAAGUGUAGUUUUAUAUUGAUUAAAAAUUCCCAGUGGGAAUUUGUUUAGUGUUUGUUCCCGACACUAUUGCUGGUUUAGAGGCUAAACUUGAUCAGUGGGUUCGACUUGAUGACUUUCUUGAUGUGCGUGUAGAGUCCCAGGUAGAUGGCGUAUCAGUGUAUCGUACGGAUGACAAAGUAGACACAAUUUAUGUAUAACAACUUCUUUAAUUACUGUAAAGGCGACGGUUCGUUACAAGAUCUAUACCGAAACAUUGCCUUUACAGUAAUUGAAGAACCCGGGAACCCAUG